UGAACCCUGGCCAUGUAUCACACAGAAUGGAAAAAGGAAACUAAUACUGGUUCUAAAAGCCAGUGUUUGUUGGUGAUAACCAGUUUAUAUACAGUUUAUUUUAUUAAUUUUGUUUAAGAGGAGAGAUGCUGAAAACAUUUAAUUAUAGGCGAGUACUGGUGUCUUCUGGUGCAUCCACAGUCUGGUAUAUCGGUCUAACACGAGCAUAGGUGCAUAAGUGUUGAGGUUGUGAGUCAGCGCUCCCAGCCAGCCAGUAAAAGAGCAGUUUGCAUGAAGAACAGGGACGAGACAAAGACUGUAGAGCACUGGACUGCUGGCGACUCUGCCACUCAGACGAGAGACUGCAGUGAGGGUGGGUCCACACUCUGGAAACUGUCUGAUGGUGAAGAGUGAGAAGCUGAAGCUGCUGCAGGCCACUCUUAAGGGAAUGUUGUUGACAGAAAAUCAUCGGUACAGAGGACUUAACUCAAGUCUGAUCCCUAUUUGACUGCCACUGGUUAUGAUAAUCUGCACUCCAAGACUGAAACGGCAGGGGAUAAGAUGUUUGUGGAGUCAGUCGUCCGAUGGGGGGCAUGGAGCAUCCUGCUCCAGUUUGGACUGGGUGUAUCUGGCGGAGGCUGCCCUUCACGGUGUGUGUGUCGACCUGAGGCUAAAGAAGUGAUCUGCUCUGGCAAACAUUUAAAUUCAGUGCCAGAGGGCUUUUCCGGUGAUGCCAGGCAUUUGGAUUUAUCUCUCAAUAAGAUUAAGACUGUGGGACGACGCCAAUUCCCUGGGCUCUUUCAACUUCAAGAGUUGGACCUCACUGAUAAUAUAAUCUCUAUGAUUGAGGUGGAGGCUUUCCAGGGCCUACAGAAUCUUAGGACACUUCGACUUAAGAAUAACCGUCUCAAGAUAAUCCCAGUUGGGGUGUUUUCUGGCCUGUCCAGUCUGCGGUUUCUAGACUUGAGCCAGAAUGAGAUUCUGGUUUUCCUGGACUAUUCUUUUAAAGAAAUGGUAAACUUGGUGACAUUGGAAGCUGGGGAGAAUGACCUGGUGUUCAUCUCUCAGAGGGCCUUUUUUGGUCUGCAAAAUCUACAGGAGCUCAACUUAGACCGCAGCAACUUGACCUCUGUUCCCACUGAGGCAUUGUCCCAGCUUCAGAGUCUGACACGUCUUUGCAUGUUACGCCUCACCAUUUCUACCCUGCCCAACAAUGCAUUCCGAAGGCUCCACCGUUUGCGCAGCCUCUUGAUUUCAAACUGGCCAGCAUUGGACACUAUGGCUGGCAACAGCUUGAUUGGUCUUAAUUUGACCUCGCUUGUCAUCAGUGGCUGCAACCUAAGUGCGGUUCCUUACUCAGCACUUCGUCAUCUGGUUUAUCUGCGCUACUUGGACCUGUCCUACAACCCCAUCAGUGUUAUCCAAGGUAACCUGCUAGGGGACCUCCUGAGACUCCAGGAGUUACACCUAGCAGGGGGCAACCUGCUACGAAUAGAGCCGGGAGCCUUUAGGGGACUGGCUUACUUUCGUAUGCUUAAUGUGACAUCCAAUCAGCUCACUACUCUGGAGGAGAGUGUCUUCCACUCUGUUGGGAACCUGCAGGUGUUGCGAUUAGAUGGGAAUCCCUUAGCAUGUGACUGCCGACUUCUCUGGGUGGUCCGUCGCAGAUUGCGAUUGAACUUUGAUGGACACCAACCCACUUGUUUCUCUCCAGAUGCAGUGAGACAGCGUGAAUUCAGAGACUUCUCAGAGAAAGAACUCCCAAGGCUGUUUACUUGCCGGCCUGCUCGUAUUAUGGACCGUAGGCCGCAGGAGGCGAGAGUAGAAGAAGGCACCACAGUUCUCUUUUCCUGCAAGGCUGAUGGAGAUCCAUUUCCGUCUAUCACCUGGAUCUCAUCCCAUAAGAAUGUGGUGGCUCCAACAGGACGAAUCAGAGUUUUACCGAAUGCUACUCUAGAAGUGCGUUUUGCCCAGGUUCAGGAUAGUGGUACAUACCAGUGCCUGGCAGGAAAUGCAGCAGGCAAUGACAGCCUGACUGUUGGUCUGUAUGUAAAAGGACUCCCACGCAAUCGAACCAUUCCUUUCUACACUGAGGAAGGCUGGGUAGAGCCCUCUAAUCCCCAGGCUGCAAAUUCCUCAGCUCAGAUGGCCAAGCCAUACCCGUUUGAUGCAAAGACCCUAAUCAUUGCCACCACCAUGGGUUUUCUCUCUUUCCUCAGCUCGGUGGCAAUCUGUUUUGUCUUCAUGUUUUUCUGGAGCCAAAGCAAAGGUCAGAUCAAGCACACAGCAACUAUAGACUUUGUUCCUCGGUCUUCAAUGGGCGGAGGAGGGGAUGGAGGUGAUGGUGGCAGGUUUACUAUGAAACUUAUCUAAAGCCUGUGAAGAGGUGAAAGAGGUCGCGUUGACUGUGAGUUAGUCUGCGUUGAGGAGUCAGACAAACUUGAGACACUAGAAUACAGAGACCUCUGUUCAAAGACCUCUUCAGGAGCCAAAUCAGAGACUGUUGCGCUUGUGCCAGUGCACUUCUAAUUUUAGAGACGGUCUUUACAUCUCAGCAAUCACUUGACUGUGUUAUCUAACUAAGAAUAUCUCAUGACCCUGAAAUAGAACAAUGUUUGUGGCCAUUGUGGGCCAAGCUGUUUCACGAUUGUUGUGCAUUUUUUUGCUACUUGUACUUUGAAUAACCAAAUACUUAGUACAGAUUUCUUUUGUAUGUAGCAUGUAAUUAUAAAUAGGUUUAUUUUCACGGAUUAGAUCAGCAACACAUAAGGACGGUUUGAAUUCAAUAAUCACAUUUUCGGAACAUGCCGGUGCUUGUUUAAUCAUCCAUGUUGCACUAAUGUGCUCACUUUUGUCUUCACUUGCUGACACAAGCCAAGUAAUACAUUUGCCCUGUGACCCUCGGGUUCCUUUUCCCGCUUCAACACAGGUGUCAAAAUUUACUGUAAGACAUGUGAAUAUAUUAUAAUAAAGCUUUUGAUACAUGCAAUAGAUGUAGGAAUAGGUUAGCCAAAUCAUCUAUGAUUCUUUAUGGUAAAAUUUUGAACAUUUUAGAGGUUUGUAGCAUGUUUCAAGUUUUCUACACUGAAAGCAUGUUUUCAGUAUGGGUAAUAGUUACGUUAAUAAUCCAAGGGACUGAUAGCAUAAUGUACAUAGGAAUGUAUCCUUUCCCAUUUCUUACUUAAAAAAGAUUUUUUCAGAUCUAUCUGUCUUUCUUUUGUUACAUAUACAGUGAAUUUACCAUAUGAUUACCUUAUGACUUUACAUUCUAUCUGAAGAUGAUAUAAUUUCCCAUUUUUUAUAUUCAAGGAACCACUUUUUCUAUUUUUUACCCACAUAAUACACUGAAAAAUAUGUGCCUCAGUAAUAUUAUCCUCAUCGACAGAGGGAAUGCUCACCUUACCAUUGCUAUCGCAUAAAUUUAGGUCAAGGGCAUUUGUGUGUGCUCUGCUUUAUUCUGUCAUUUUAUCUAGUAGUUGGGAUUAGUGUCACUGAAAUAUGUCAUCUUGUUGUGGGUAAACUUAGUAGAGGCACUGCGCACAACGUGGUGCUUUAUUAAACCAGGAAAGGAGAGUGGAAGUGAUGAACACACGUCAUGGACAUGUCCCGGUGUUUUGCGAUAUUGUAAAUUUUCAUUUUGUAUUUUAUGUCAUUAAAUGCAGAUAUUUAAACCUG